AUGCCCAGAUAUGCACUAGCAAAUAAUCUAUAUAGAGGUCAUCUUCCUACUGAAUUUUGUGACCUUACAUGGGUUGAAGAGAUGGCAUGUGCUAUUUAUCAUAUCACUGCCCAUCUAACCCGUUUGUAUGGAUCUUCAGAACCUGGACAGCCAAAGAUUUUUCAUGGAAACACCAUAACACAUGAUAUGAAUGUCAUAUCAACAACAACAGUGCUUCCUAGAACUCCUGCAUACAUCACUGGUGACCUGGGCAAUACAUUCAGAGUGCAAAAAGCCAAAAUAUGGCAUUUUCUUCUUUGGUUGAAGCACCAUAACAAAUUAUAUGAGCAGAUCCUGUUGGAUCAGAGUAACAUAGAUCAAUUUCCAGAUGAUGGUGUUCUUCCUGGUGUUGAUGCUCAAUUCAUCCAAGACAUUCACCAAAAAAAUGAUCAACCAACUGUACUGCUGGAACAGACAGGUGUAUCUGACCCAGAAGGAGACAACAUUAGUAUACAGUAGUUAUGCUGAUACUUAUGUUCCGCUUUAGGUCUAUGUUGUACCACUAAAAGCGGAGUUUAAAAUCUAUGUAGAUUAUUGUAUCAUCUUAUCUACACCACCCUC